AUGCCGUAUGGGGACGAUGUCCUCGCUGGCACAAGUAUGUCAACGACGAAUGGGGUUCAGGCUAGCGGCGAGCUGGCGGAGGCAGACGGAGGCGGAUGGGGUGAUGGCAUGGCGGAGGCGGAGGCGGAGGCGGAGGCAGAUUACGGUGUCGCACACGAGCAGCAGCAAGCUGGAGGUGAGGAGGGGAGAGGAGCUACUGCGUGUCGAUGGCAGCGCACUGUGCUCGCUCGCUCGCUCGCUCAGCCGAGUCGGUCCUUCCGGAGCCAUGAGCGUGCUAGCGAGCGCCCUCGAGCGCUGGGUGUGGAGUGUUCGUCCAAAGGGCAUCUUCUCACCGCACAUGGGAUGAUCAAAGGUCAAUCUCUCUGCCACGUUCUGAGCCGGCAUCUUGGUCAGGAGAUGUUCGUCCACCCUUGCAGAUCGGAGAGUGCCAAGGCUCGCCGAGGGAUUACUGGAGCGCAAAACACCCAACGCCGCAUCACGUGUACAUCGCGCUCCAUCGCGGGCAUUGACCCCGGGCCGAGCCAGCCUUUCCCUUUCCCUUUCGAAGCUCAGCGGAAGGCGAGAGCAAGGAGUCCGCGCGACACCACUCCAUCGCUGCUGCCGCCGCCGCCGCCAAAUGCUGCUGCUGCUGCAUGCUCUCCGACUGAUUUCGCCUCUGCAGCUCAACACGCACCGCUGAGCUCAGCCGCCUCUCACAACGCGCCGGCACGCGUCAUGUCUAAUCCAAACGUUGAUCACCACUUUGAAGGUGACAGCAAGCUGCUGAACGCGACUUUCAAUCCUCGCGCUGAAGUCCGGUCCGCCCUGCUUGCUCUGCAGAAGGAAUUGGCGCGCAUAGAGGGCCAGCCGGUGCAGGUCACCGCCGAAAUCAAGUUCAACGUGUCAGGCCUGAACGCCAAGGAGCACGUCUAUUCCGUCAAUGUGACAGAUGCGCACUUUGAUGCUGCAGUCUUUGCCCGGAACAAGGCAUCGGCCAGACGCUCAGGAAAUGCAUCGGCCAGCUCUCCGGGAAAUCCAACAUCACUGCGAAGCGCUCUCGAAGCCGAAGACGGCGCGGAGAGCAGACCCUUGAAACGUGUGCGCACAGAUGGCGACGAUGCUGCACUAUCUGCCACUCUACGAAAUGGCACUUUAUCCGAAGAGGCUACGAGUCAGAAAGUCGACGAAGUCUUGAACAUUAUCAAAGGCUGGCGUGACGAGUGGAAAGCCCAAGGCGGCUGGCUCUUCGACACUCUCAACACAGUCAACAAAGGCGAGAAAGACAUCCAGAACGCCAUCGAGAAGAAGCUCGAGACUGUCCAAGAUGUACUAGGACAAUCUAUAAACUCAGCCACUGCAUCGACAAUGUCCGAGCUGUCGAAUAUCACCAAAUUAUUGCCCUGGUUGGAACACUGUCGAAAGACCAAUGCCGACAAGGUGCAAGCGCGUGAAGAGAAAUGGCGCUCGAGCAGUGCCUCAUUCCACGAUCAAGCUCGGCGAGAAAGGGAGGAGGCCGAGAAGCGAUUCGAGGAAAAGCUGGAGGCUCAACGGCGAUUGUUGAUCAAAGUCGCAGAGGCGAAUGGAAUUGACAUUGAUGAAGACGAUCAGCGGAGCGACGUCUCACUUGGCGAGCAACUGACCGCAGAGCUCAACUCUGAGGCCUUGCGAGCCGAGCGUGACUCGAGAAAUUUGGCAAGCCACGCACAUAUUACUAUCGACGAUUGA